UUUCCACACCCCGAGGGAGGACAGGAGAUGGACGGGAGGGGGACACCGGCUUUCAACGUCAAAAGCUACGGGUUAUACAGAGUGCCAACACCGUGAAUAUAGGCUACAGCUUUUCCGUGCGUCUUCGUCACUGCCUCUGUAUUAAAUCAGCUUUCACGAUUCAAACCUUUCCACCGGGACUCGUAAAUACCAUCGCGACUCUUCCCCCUCCGCUGAGCCGCUCUCCAGUGCUGAAAUCCCGGGCGCAGCUGUCGCUCCGUUCCCUUUCGGAAGCUGUCCUAAUGAAGGAGGCCGACGCCAUCAAGCUCUUCGUUGGCCAGAUCCCACGGAAUCUGGAGGAAAAGGACCUUAAGCCCAUCUUUGAGCAGUUUGGAAAGAUCUAUGAGCUUACAGUGAUCAAGGACAAGUAUACGGGAAUGCACAAAGGAUGUGCAUUCUUGACGUACUGUGCGAGGGAGUCUGCCUUGAAGGCCCAGAAUGCAUUGCACGAACAGAAGACUUUGCCGGGGAUGAACCGCCCCAUUCAAGUGAAGCCAGCAGACAGUGAGGGCCGAGGAGACAGGAAGUUGUUUGUGGGGAUGUUGGGGAAGCAGCUGUCUGACACGGAUGUCAAAAAAAUGUUUGAGCCUUUCGGGAGUAUAGAGGAAUGCACAGUACUUAGAGGACCUGAUGGAGCCAGCAAAGGUUGUGCGUUUGUAAAAUAUCAGAAUAAUGCAGAAGCGCAAGCGGCCAUCAGCACGCUACACGGCAGCCGCACACUCCCGGGUGCGUCCUCGAGUUUGGUGGUGAAGUUUGCCGACACAGAGAAGGAAAGAGGGAUCAGGCGUAUGCAGCAGGUGGCCUCCCAACUGGGUGUCAUAAGUCCCAUGAGUCUACACCUGGGCGCAUACAACGCCUACACACAGGCACUUGUCCAGCAGCAGGCCUUGGUGGCUCAGUCUGCAUAUCUGUCUCCCGUGGCAACAGUUGCAGCGGUGCAGAUGCAGCAGUUGGCUGCUCUUAAUCCCAACAGCAUCAUUGCAACGCCCAUCGCCUCAAUCACGCCCUCUUCAGGUACGAACACUCCUCCAGCCAUUGCUGCCACGCCAGUGUCUGCUCUGCCUCCACCAAUCGCAGUCAACAGUUACCCCCAAGUUCCCGCACCUCCCAAUGGCCAGUCAGCCUCUGAAGCCCUCUACACCAAUGGUGUCCACCCAUAUCAGGUUUUAUUAUCUGUUUCCCCUUUAGCUCAGAGUCCCGCAUUGGAUCCUCUACAGCAGGCGUACACAGGCAUGCAACACUACACGGCUACAUAUCCUGCUGCUUAUGGAUUGGUCGGUCAACCUUUUCCACAUCAGCACACUUUGGUAGCCCAGCAUCCCCAGCAGCCACAGCAGCUGCAACAACGAGAAGGUCCUGAAGGCUGCAAUAUCUUUAUUUAUCAUCUGCCUCAGGAGUUCACGGACUCAGAGAUGCUGCAGAUGUUCCUGCCCUUCGGUAACGUCAUCUCAGCCAAGGUGUUUGUUGACCGAGCCACCAACCAGAGCAAAUGCUUUGGUUUCGUAAGCUUUGACAACCCGGCGAGCGCUCAGGCCGCCAUCCAGUCCAUGAACGGCUUUCAAAUCGGCAUGAAGAGGCUUAAAGUUCAGCUGAAGAGGCCUAAAGACGCCAACCGCCCAUACUGAGUCAUACAGGUAUGAAAGGAGAGGACUAACGGAGUCAUAUGCGAGUCACUUUUCUGCCGCUGCAAAUUGUGGGACCAACAACUUUCGCAAAUCUACAGUAUAAAAGCCUACCAAGAUUAUUUAAACAAAAAUAUACAUUUAAUAGAGACAGACUUAUCACACAAGGUGCCGGCUAAAUAUAAAAUGUACUACCUUAACAGUAUACAAUAUAGGACCAAUAAUUUUCUGCAAAUGAUGGAAACAGGCACAGCCAGCCAGUUAACGUGCUAGGGAUGCAAUGCCACCCGCUCUUCUGCUUCACACGCUAUUGUGCCAAGUGCUUGGGGGUCAUGACCUUUCUUCCCUCAGCCCACACAUCAAUGCCCUGCACACACAAAUGGGACCAACACAAAUAUGUCAGUACUGCAAAGUUUCAUUUCUGGGUAAAAAUGAUGUGUGCUAACCGCAGAGGUCUUUUUUGCAGCAAUCUACAAUGUGUAUAUAGAAAUUCAAGGGGACCAUGUGUAGACAUAUCGAAACGGUUGGGAGGGUGGGACUGGGUCAAUGUGAUCAAAGCAAGGAAUCAUGGGUAUGUAGCUAGAGAAAGAAUGUCCUUUGGGGAUUUUGGAGAUAUUGCUCUGGUCUCUAAUCUGAGUCUGGUUAUACAUAGUUCUUCAAUUUGAAUACUUACAGAAAUGAAUGACUUGUGGUAUAGGAUGCUGGUCCUAUAUUGCAAGCAUCCCUAAAAUAACUGAAUAUAGUUGAUCACAGAAAGGCUGUAGUUAGAGUUUUAUUUUUAGGUUUGUUAGUUUUUCUUUAUUUUUUAAUUGUUGAUGAUUCAAGAAGAUUCACGAAAGUUAAAAACAUUUAAAAAUGUAUUUCAUUGUAUAUAUCAUGCUUUUAAAUUGAAGGUCAAGAUUUAAACAUUUGGGAUAUUAUUAUUAUUACAAUUAUUGUUGUUGUUAUUAUUAUUAUUAUUUUAAUUUGUUUGCAAUUAAUUUAUCAAUUUCUUGAUGAAGGACAUUUUUUUAAAUUAUUUAUGAAGA